AUGGUGGCUGCCAGUUUAGAUGAUGCUGAGAAAGAAACGGGUGAAAAGAUGCAAAGUACUGAUGAGGAUGAAUUCUACAUUGGAAAAAAGUUUGAAACACAUGAUGAUUUGUUCAAUUCUUAUAAAGCGUAUGCAAAACGAGUCAGAUUUGCAGUUAGAAAAAGAACUAAUCGGAAAAAUGAAGAAGGGAUCAUAAGGAGUGUGACAUAUGUUUGUAGCCGAGCAGGAAAUCCUGUUAACAUGACUAAAAAUAUAGUCAAACCUCGCAAGAGCAAUCGUUGUGAUUGCAAGGCUUACGUUACUGCAAGAUUGGAUGAUGAAGACAAAUGGGAUUUUACUCAGCUUAAGCUUGAUCACAAUCAUACGUAUAAUCCUUCUCGGCAUUAUCAGCAACAUCGCAAAGUUGAACCACAUGUAUUACAUACAAUUGAUCUUAAUGACCAAUCACGAAUUCCAGUGGAAAAGACUUUCCGCUCUGUGGUGAAUCAGUUUGGUGGAUUUGAUAAAGUUGAUUGCAAUGAGAAAGAUUGUAGAAAUGCACUUGAUGUAAUACAUCGACUAAGACUUGGUGAAGGGGAUGCAACUGCUUUGAUGAAAUAUCUUUCCAAUAAGGUAAAAGAUAAUAGUGUAUUUUAUUUCGAAGUUGACUACGAUGAUGAAAAUUGUUUGAAAAACGUAUUUUGGGCCGAUGGUUGGAGUAGAGAAGCAUAUAAAGAAUUUGGCGAGGUUAUUAGUUUCGAUGCCACUUACAUGACUAACGAUUAUGAGAUACCUUUCACUCCUUUUAUCGGGGUUAAUCACCAUGGCCAAUCAAUAUUGCUUGGAUGUGGGUUGCUUUGUAAUGAAACUACAGAAACAUUUGUAUGGCUAUUUAAGAAGUGGCUUAAAUGCAUGUCUGGAUGUGCUCCGAGAGCAAUUAUAACUGAUCAGUGUCAAGCCAUGAAGAAUGCGGUUGAAAUUAUUUAUCCAGAAGCUAGGCACAGAUGCCUUGAGAAAAAAAAAGUAGAAAAAGAGUUGAUAGCAGAUGCAGAGUCAUGUUCAAAUUCAAUUCCUGUUCUUUCUGGUGGCUAUCCUUUUGAAAAGCAACUAUGGGAUAUGUAUACCCUUGUGAAAUUUCAAGAGUUCCAUAAAGAAAUUUGUGGGAAGAUUGCAUGUAAAGUGGUUGAGUUUGAUGAGGAGUCUGAGGUUUAUAACAGUGAAGAGGAAGAUGAUGAUAUAGAUAUUCAAGUGGUAGAUGAUGGUGAAGUCAUGGAUGAUUUAGAGACGGAUAAUGAAAGCGGAACAGAUGAAAGUGAAACAACUAGAAGUGAAGCUGAAAAAAGCGACACGGAUGAUAGUGAAAACGAGGAGUGUGUGCUUGAUAAAACGGCAGAUGAAACCGAAACAACUGAAGCUAAAAAAAGAAAAAAAUGUGUUGAUUUUGAUAUUCACUGUAGAUGCAAAUUGUUUGAGUCUAAGGGAACUCUUUGUAGACAUGCAAUUGUGGAUAUCAUCACAAAUAUUCCAAACCUUAGAUUAAAUGAUAUGCAUGUGACCCGGGAGAGUGUUGCAACUCCAACACCAUCAUAUCUUCAUGAUAUUUCACAUCAGCAACAUACAGAAGCUACUCGUGGUCGAGGUACUCGCGGCCGAGUCACUCGAGGUCGAGGAACUCGUGGUCGGGGCACUCGAGGUCGUGGUGCUCACGGAAAUGCCGCUCAACUGAGUAACAAUGCUUCUACUUUUGCUUCAGUUGGCAUGUACAUGCAUGUUCCUGCCGAAGCACCAUAUAUCAACCCUCCUUAUUACUAUGGAGGAAUUAAUAAUUUUGGAGCAGCAUAUGCGGAUCAUAGCGUACAUGAUCGAGUUGUCACUCCAACUGCACCACAUACACCUUCUAGUGAGGGGUUUAUCCAAAGGCGGAGUUAG